GGCGACGGCUGCGGCUCGGCCUCCUUCUCCUCCUCUUCCUCCGCCCUCCUUGGCUGGGAAAGUGGGAGGCGGCGGCGGCGGCGUGCUGUGUGUGCGCGCGUGAGGGGGGCAGCAGAGAGGAGGCUCCCGGUGCCACCGCGGCGUCAGAGACACAGCGAGCGGCGGGCGCGGCGGGGCCGCAUCUGCACCGGCCGCGGCGGCCUCUGCGGGGCCGCGAACAAAGAGGAGGAGCCGAGGCGCGAGAGCAAAGUCUGAAAUGGAUGUUACAUGAAUCAUUUUAAGAGCUGCAUACAACUAUGAACAUUUCUGAAACCCUUUUCUCAGUAAAGUAGAUCAAGAUGGAUGAAUCUGCCUUGUUGGAUCUUUUGGAGUGUCCUGUGUGUCUAGAACGCCUGGAUGCUUCUGCAAAAGUCUUGCCUUGCCAGCACACGUUUUGCAAACGGUGUUUGCUGGGGAUAGUAGGUUCCCGGAAUGAACUCAGAUGUCCCGAGUGCAGGACUCUUGUUGGCUCUGGUGUUGAGGAGCUUCCCAGUAACAUCCUGCUGGUCAGACUUCUGGAUGGCAUCAAGCAGAGGCCUUGGAAACCUAGCCCUGGUGGGGGCAGUGGGACCAACUGCACAAAUGCAUUAAGGGCUCAGGGCAGCACUGUGGCUAAUUGUAGCGCAAAAGAUCUGCAGAGCUCCCAGUGUGAACAGCAGCCUCGGGUGCAAGCCUGGAGCCCCCCAGUGAGGGGUAUACCUCAGUUACCAUGUGCCAAAGCAUUAUAUAACUACGAAGGAAAGGAGCCUGGAGACCUUAAAUUCAGCAAAGGUGACAUCAUCAUUUUGCGACGACAAGUUGAUGAAAACUGGUACCAUGGGGAAGUCAACGGAAUCCAUGGCUUUUUCCCCACCAACUUUGUGCAGAUUAUUAGACCAUUACCUCAGCCCCCACCUCAGUGCAAAGCACUUUAUGACUUUGAAGUGAAAGACAAGGAAGCGGACAAAGAUUGCCUUCCAUUCGCAAAGGAUGAUGUUCUGACUGUGAUCCGCAGAGUGGAUGAAAACUGGGCUGAAGGAAUGUUGGCAGACAAAAUAGGAAUAUUUCCGAUUUCCUACGUUGAGUUUAACUCGGCUGCUAAGCAGCUGAUAGAAUGGGACAAGCCUCCCAUGCCAGGAGUUGAUGCUGGAGAAUGUACCUCAGCAGCAGCCCAGAGCAGUACUGCCCCAAAGCACUCYGACACCAAGAAGAACACCAAAAAGCGGCACUCCUUCACUUCCCUCACCAUGGCAAACAAGUCCUCCCAGGCCGCCCAGAACCGCCACUCCAUGGAGAUCAGCCCUCCUGUGCUCAUCAGCUCCAGCAACCCCACAGCUGCCGCGAGGAUCAGCGAGCUGUCUGGGCUCUCCUGCAGUGCCCCCUCUCAGGUUCAUAUAAGUACCACCGGGUUAAUUGUGACCCCACCCCCAAGCAGCCCAGUGACAACUGGYCCCUCAUUCACUUUCCCGUCAGAUGUCCCCUACCCAGCUGCCCUUGGAACCAUGAAUCCUCCCCUUCCACCACCCCCUCUCCUGGCUGCCACUGUCCUCGCCUCCACACCACCAGGCGCUACUGCUGCUGUUGCUGCUGCUGCUGCUGCCGCYGCUGCUGCUGGAAUGGGACCCAGGCCUGUGGCAGGAUCCACUGACCAGAUUGCACAUUUACGGCCUCAGACUCGCCCAAGUGUGUAUGUGGCUAUCUACCCGUACACUCCCCGGAAAGAGGAUGAACUAGAACUGAGAAAAGGGGAGAUGUUUUUAGUGUUUGAGCGUUGCCAGGAUGGCUGGUUCAAAGGGACAUCAAUGCAUACUAGCAAGAUCGGGGUUUUCCCUGGCAAUUACGUGGCACCCAUCACAAGGGCGGUGACAAAUGCUUCCCAGGCUAAAGUCCCUAUGUCUACCGCGGGUCAGACUAGUCGAGGGGUGACCAUGGUCAGUCCCUCCACUGCAGGAGGGCCUGUCCAGAAGCUCCAGGGAAAUGGUGUGGCCGGGACACCCAGUGUCGUCCCCACGGCUGUGGUAUCAGCAGCUCACAUCCAGACAAGUCCUCAGACGAAGGUCCUGUUGCACAUGACUGGGCAAAUGACAGUCAACCAGGCCCGCAACGCAGUGAGGACAGUUGCAGCACAUAACCAAGAACGCCCCACGGCAGCGGUGACGCCCAUCCAGGUACAGAAUGCCGCCUGCCUCGGGCCUGCAUCUGUGGGGCUGCCCCACCAUUCACUGGCCUCCCCGCAGCCUCUGCCUCCAAUGGCAGGCUCCGCUGCCCACGCUGCUGCUGUCGGUAUCAGUCGAGCCAGUGCCCCGCUGGCCUGUGCUGCGGCCACUUCGCUGACCUCCCCGAGCAUCACCGCUGCCUCUCUGGAAGCUGAGCCCAGUGGCCGGACAGUGACCAUUCUCCCUGGACUUCCCACAUCUCCAGACGGCUCUUCAUCAGCUUGUGGGAGCGGUUCAGCAAGCAAACCAGACAAGGACAGCAAGAAAGAAAAAAAGGGGUUAUUGAAGUUGCUGUCUGGUGCCUCCACCAAACGGAAGCCCCGAGUAUCCCCUCCAGCAUCRCCCACCCUGGAAAUGGAGCUGAGUGGUGGCGAGUUGCCCCUGCAGGGGGCCGUGGGUCCUGAGCUACCCCUGGGAGGAGGCCACGGUCGAGCWGGCUCCUGCCCUGUGGACGGGGAUGGCCCAGUCACCGCGGCACCAGCAGGRGCAGCCCUGGCCCAGGAUGCUUUCCAUCGGAAGACCAGCUCCCUGGACUCCGCAGUGCCCAUYGCGCCACCUCCUCGUCAGGCAUGUUCCUCCCUGGGUCCUGUUGCAAAUGACUCUAGGCCUGUUGUUUGUGAAAGGCACCGGGUGGUGGUUUCCUAUCCUCCUCAGAGUGAGGCAGAACUUGAACUUAAAGAAGGAGAUAUUGUGUUUGUUCAUAAAAAACGAGAGGAUGGCUGGUUCAAAGGCACGUUGCAACGCAAUGGGAAAACUGGCCUUUUCCCAGGAAGCUUUGUGGAAAACAUCUGAGGAGACAAACACUGGGGAGACUCAAAAUCACAUCACACGACAAAAGAGCACAAAGCAGUUUGAUGGAAAGAGCACAUCUGUGGACUUCGAAGGGUCAGAAGCUGAGCAGAGGGUUGGUAUGUGGCUCCGGAGCCUCAGCACAGCCACGCCAGCCAGCAGAGCAAAGCCGGUGUCUAGGUUUCACCACUCAGUUGGGAUUGUAAGGUGUGCCUUGUACUGAGCAACCUUUUUUUGUUUUUGAAAGAUGUCUAACUAAAAUGGACAAUUGUUUACAA